CCAUCCCAUCCCACACCAGCCAUGGCCGAGGACACUGACACGCGCCCGCCGCAGCGAUGUGUUCAACCUGCUCAAGGAGAGCCUCACCACCGACGACGAGCUCGAGCAGUUCGCCGCCAUCGAGCAGCAGCUCGACGCCGCCUCGCACCGCAGGCAGGUCGCACUGCAGGAGGAGACACAGCGCAUCGGCGGUAAGUCGCGCAGCAAUGAGGGCCAGCAGGGCAGCAGGCAGCGUUACAGAUAGGAAUAAGGGGGCGGGGCGAGAGCGAGUACCGAGCACCGGGAUAUGCAGAGCAGAUGGUGCGCGCAGGGCCAGGUAGUGAUGUGACGCAGGACGGUGGCGUCACACUCCUGCUCGACGAGGUGAUACGCGAGUGCACGGAGCUCGACCAUGUGCUAGCGCAGCUGCGCAGCACAACUACGCGGGGCGCCACCGACUGGCGCUCGACGGCGGCGCACGGGCGUGAGAUGGACCGGCUAGAGACGAAGCGCUUCGAGUGUGCCAAGCGCAUCAACGAGCAGGAGCAGCGCCUGCACGGCGUCGAGGUGGAGCUGCGCGCCGCGUGCGAUGCGCAGGAGGAAAUUGUGCGCGCCGAGCCGGUGGUGGUGGAGGAUCUGGACCAGCAGGCACUGAAGCUGCAGAUGAUGCGCAACUUUGGCUUUAUGCCCGCCAAGUCGACGCCCGACCGGCCCGUCUUCGACCUGCUCGACGUCGUCUCGGCCUCGUCGAAGCAGGUCAACACGAUCAAGGUCGACGCCGAGCACCUGCAGCGCUACCGCAUCACGCCGCACUGGGUCGCCAGCCAGCUCUGGGCCGGCGUGCAAUGAGCGCGCCGCAGAUCAGAUGCAGCCUUCUUCUCUCGCCUCCAACUGUACGAUACCCUUCUCGCGACUCUUCGAGUGUACUUUAUCUGUUGUCUAUUGCAGCAGGACAUGCGGUGGG